AUGGUAAAUGCUGUUUCCUCAUUUAUUAUUAGGUACAAGAUUGCGGCUUCACAUGCCAGUAUCAAAGAUGCGAAUUGUUGUGUAGUACAAAAUGUGUUCGCUUGUGCGGAUGAUCAGGACAUUGCUUGCUUACGUAAGAGUUACAAUUCUUUAACUAAUUUUUUACAGCGACAAAGUUAAGCAAACUCUUAAAGAUCAAGUCAAGGUUGCCCAAUCACGGGGACUCACUCCGCGAAUCCUUUUCGAAAUUUGUCUCGCAAGUGCUGAAUAACAUCAACGAGGCUACCGAACAAGAAGAGCUCACCAUCUUAAAUUCCAAAAACAUGAGUUACUAA